GCAGGCGCAGAGUCUAAGGAGAGCCAGGAGUAGACGGGGCGGGACUGCGGCGCGCGCGUUCCCCGCGUGGUUAUAUCCAGCCAAUUGGCACGCUCUUCUUCCUUUAGCGCCAUCGGAGAGCAGCUCGCGCCGCAGGAGCCGUGCGUCCGAUACUUAACUUUUGAAGAUGGCAGACAUUGACAACAAAGAGCAGACUGAAAGUGAUCAGAAAGAAGAUAUGGAGGAUGUCGAAGAUAUUGAAGAAGAAGAAGCAUCCGAAGAUAACAAAGCUCGACAACUUACAGUUCAGAUGAUGCAGAAUCCACGGAUUUUGGCAGCACUGCAGGAACGACUUGACGGACUUGUUGGAAACCCAUCUGGUUACAUAGAAAGCUUGCCCAAAAUUGUGAAGAAGCGUGUAAAUGCUUUGAAGAACCUUCAGGUGAAGUGCGCACAUAUAGAGGCCAAGUUCUAUGAAGAAGUCCAUGAAUUGCAAAGAAAGUAUGCUGCUCUCUAUCAACCACUUUUUGAUCAGAGGAGUGAUAUUAUCAAUGCCAUCCUUGAGCCGACAGAGGAGGAGUGCAAGUGGCAAGGAGAUGAAGAAGAGGAAUUAUCAGAUGAAAUGAAAGAAAAGGUGAAGGUGGAGGAAGAAAAGAAAGAUGAGGAAAAGGAUGCACCAAAGGGAAUUCCAGAAUUUUGGUUAACUGUCUUCAAAAAUGUGGAUUUGCUCAGUGACAUGGUGCAGGAACACGAUGAACCUAUUUUAAAGCAUUUAAAAGAUUUGAAGGUCAAAUUUUCAGAUCCUGGACAACCAAUGAGUUUUACCCUGGAAUUUAUGUUUGAACCAAAUGAGUAUUUCACAAAUGAAGUAGUGAUAAAAACAUACAAGAUGAGAUCACAGCCUGAUGAGUCGGAUCCCUUUUCAUUUGAUGGACCAGAAAUUAUGGGGUGCACAGGUUGCCAUAUUGACUGGAAAAAGGGGAAGAACAUAACAAUGAAAACCAUUAAAAAGAAGCAGAAGCAUAAGGGUCGUGGUACUGUUCGGACUGUUACAAAAACUGUACCAAAUGAUUCUUUUUUCAAUUUCUUUUCACCUCCUGAAGUUCCAGAGAAUGGAGAGCUGGAUGAAGACUCUGAGGCGAUACUUGCUGCUGACUUUGAAAUUGGUCACUUUUUGCAUGAACGUGUAGUUCCACGAGCAGUGUUAUACUUCACAGGCGAAGCUAUUGAAGAUGACGAUGAUGAUUAUGAUGAAGAGGGUGAAGAGGCAGAUGAUGAGGAAGGAGAAGAAGAAGCAGAUGAAGAGAAUGACCCAGAUUAUGACCCUAAGGUUUAAAUGAUGGCUAGAAAUAACCCUACCCCUGGUAGAAGGAUCCAAACCCACCAUCUGAGUGCAAACAGCAGUGAAGUCUGCUUAUGUGGCCUUGAGGAACAACUGCACUGUACUGGCUUACUAUAGACAACUAAUAGUUACUUAACAGCCUUAUAAUGUUUUGUAUUUUCUUGGUAGGACAAAUUUCAAUUAACUUUUUUUGGUUAAUCAUGAGCCCUUGAAUCAGCCAGUUCAGAAUAUGGUUGGUACUCUUGUAUUGUCUAUUAAUUGGUUGUUCAUGGAAUGGAGUUCAUAGAAGUCCCAGAAUUUGUCAUUCCAGUGCUACAGAAUUUGGAUUCUUCAGAAUAACGUGUAUUAGAGACACCACCAAUGGCUUUUAGGAACAGCAAAAUGCAGAGACCAAUAUUUGUUUUAGAGAUAUCUCUUGCUGGAGAACAAUCAACCAAAGUAAUUAACCUUCUCUUCAGCCCUGUUGUCUAAAUGUAUAAAACUGUGGAAAGAUUUGUUUUGUAGCUGGAUGAGUGUAAUGUGGACUUUAUACAAAAUUAUAGAAAUAAAAUUGUGCAACAUGUCUGUGCUUACACUAGCUGUGCCUUCAUUACUCGUGUUCCUGUAAAAACACGCAGUUCCAGUGAGUUAUCUGCUGGAGACGCAUUGGAAAAAUGUGGCUGGAAUCUAUAAAUGGAGUUGCAGAAUAGUUAAUGGAAGGUUUACAAUAUGUCCAGCCAUCUGUACUGCUCAUACAUUGUUUGCUUAAUUAUGCUAUGGUUUUGUUUAUUUGUUUUAAUGUCAGAUUGUGAGCAACAUGAUAACUUAACCACCGCCUAAAAGGUCCUGCUGUACCACUUGGGUUGUGAAUAAAAAGUAGUAUUUUCAGAUUUUU